UGAAAUGGUGCAAAACUAUUCAAACCACAAGUAGAAAAUGCAAAAAAGGAAAGGAAAAGCAGAAGUAGAAAACAAGGGGAGGAUAUUCAGAAAAUGGAACCCCAUAUGUUCCCUAUAAAAGUCAUUUGAACAGACUGAGAUCUUCAGAGAACCCAGAGUUGGAGGUUCAGGAUCAUCCAUCUCAGGCAGAGCCGAAGCAGCCAAAAGCUUCACAAUGGCCUUGCCCUUUGCUUUUCUGGUGAACUUGGUGAUGCUUCUCUGCAGUUCAACCUUCUCUCUGGCCUGCAACCUGCCUCAGACUCACAGCCAGGGGAACAGGAAUGCCUCGAUUCUCCUGGGACAAAUGAGGAGACUUUCCACUUUCUCCUGCCUGAAGCACAGACAGGACUUUGGCUUGGCCCAGCUGGACUUUGACGGCAAGCAGGUGCAGAAAACUCAAGCCCUCUCUGUCCUCCAAGAGAUGAUCACGCAGACCCUCAUCCUCUUCAAAUCACAGAACUCAUCUGCUGCCUGGAACCAGAGUCUCCUUGACAGCUUCUGCACUGGCCUCUAUGAGCAGCUGAAUGACCUGGAGGCCUGCCUGACUCAGGAGACAGGGCUGAAAGAGCCUCUCCUGAUGCAUGAGGACUACAGACUGGUUGUGAGGAAAUACUUCCACAGGAUCGCUGUCUACCUGAAGGAGAAGAGCUACAGCCCUUGUGCCUGGGAGGUGGUCAGAGCAGAAAUCGACAGAUCCUUCUCUGCAUCAGAAGAACUGGCAAGAAAGAUGCAGGACUAAGGAAUGACUUUGGAAACGAUUUUCAUCUGUGUCACAUUUCCACAAGUUCUACCAUUUCAAAGACUCUCAUUUCUCCUCUAACUAUAGUACAGUUUUAAUUUUCUGAUGUUUUAGGGAAGAUACACAUAAUGUAUAUGAGGUCACUGCUACAAGCCAACAGACAAGAGAUGUCUGAGACUGGAAAAUUUUCAUGUAGCAAGAAUAUUGUAUUUACCUCUCUAAGCAGCAUUCCCUUACCAGUGACCAUGCAGAUGUAUCUAUUUAUCUAUGUAAAUAUUUAUUGAACUAUUUAUAAUAUUUAAGUUAUUUUUAUUGUGAUAUAUAUAUAUCUAUU